GGCAAGGCCAUUAAUGGUUGAAUAUAUUUAUUGUAACAAAAUGUUUUCCAUCGUGUAGCUGUAAUGAAUCUUGACCACCUAUUCCGUUCAGAUGUUAUGUGAUUAAAAUGAGUGAAAUCAUAUUGUCUGCGUCAUCCCGUGGGGCGUACGUUGGCGUUGGAGUCCCAGCUGCCCAGCACGGCUAGCGGCUGGGCUGGAGUAGCUGAGUAGGUGCUCUUCUCUGGCGUUGAGUUGUCUGCGUAAUCUGACCGGGCACCGCCCCUCACCGACACCGGACGCGGACUAGGCCUUUUUAACAUAAAAAGCAGAAUGUCUGAGUCGGAACCCACACCAAGUGAUGCUGAUCACAAUGCAACAGAACAAACUGACCAAACAACAGAACAAGCAGUGGAGGUCCCAGAGCCAGAGGAAGAAGAGACCCAAGUAACAAGUUCAGGACCAGCUGAUCAGGUGGUGGAAGUUGCAGAGGAAGUAGACAAAUCAAGUAAUGUAGUUGAACCCAAGGAUGGAGGCCCUAAAGUGGUAAUCAUCACUGGGGCAAACACUGGUAUUGGUCUGGUUGCUGCGGAGAUGCUGGCCAAAGAUGACUACGAGGUCAUCAUGGCUUGCAGGAGUGAAGACAAAGCAAACCAGGCAGUCAGUGAAGUACAGAAGAAAGUCCCUGGAGCAAAAGUGUCUUUUAUGAAGCUUGAUCUGAAUUCCUUGAAGUCUGUGAGAGACUUUUCUGAUGCCUACCAUGCAACAGAGAAACCUCUGCACGUGUUAUGUAACAACGCAGGGCUAACUACCGGCUUCUCAACCAAAGAUCGAUUAGAGACAGAAGAUGGCUUUGAAAUGACCUUUGGAGUUAAUCAUCUAGGUCAUUUUCUGCUGACCCAUCUUCUACUAGACGUGAUGAAGAAAACAGCCGAGACAUGUGAUGAAGUAAGGAUUGUGAACACUUCAUCCAUGCUACAUGACCCAGAAGGUCCGGGCGGAAAUAGAGGUCGCGCUGCUCAUCUUGAUUUCGACAACCUAAUGAUGGACAAGCCUGAUACCUUUGACGGCAUGCUGGCGUACAGGAACUCCAAGCUUGCAAACUGCGCCUUCUCAGUGGAGUUGGCUAAGAGGUUAAAAGGGUCGAAGAUCACAUCAAAUACGCUUUGUCCAGGCUUCAUCCCUGCCACUGGCCUUGGGCGCAACGAGACGCAAUGGGCGAAGAUACGUAUGGCCGUAAUCACCCCCCUUCUGAAGUUGAUAGGCAUCACACGCACAGUGGAGCAUGGUGGUGGAAUGGUUCAUUAUGUUGUGACCAGUCCUGACUGGAAAGGUUUGACUGGGAAGCACUCUACAGAUUUCAAGAUAACCGACAGCUCCACAGAAUCCAGAGAUCCUGAGGUUGGCAAGAAACUCUGGGACAUGUCGGCGGAUCUAGUCCAAUAUGAGGCGGCCAAGACCCUGUAACAGCCCAAAACCACCCUUGAGCCCCGUUAACCUGUUGACUCCUAAAUUCUCUCAUUUCCAUAGACUUAAUACAGGAGUCACCCGCUUCCCGUUGGCAAUGGGUUAAAAAAAUGCCGGGUCUUACCAUGAGAGUUUGAAGCGUACUUUGCUUCACAUUUUUUAUUGUUAUAACACAAUGAUGCAUUAGUAUGUAGAGGAACUUUGUUGCAAGCAGCUGCUUUUUCUUAUCCCCGCUUGAAAUUCAUUUAGUAUACUAAUAAAUGCUGAGAUAAAUCUAUGCUGUUUAUCGUGGCAAUGUAAACAAGUGCUUAGAUGAUGUACAUCAGUAACAAUAUAUUCGAUACUAGAUCUUCCAAAACCCUGUAGCUUUCUAUUAUAGCAAUCAGAAUUAAUACAUCUCUGCUGACACACCUGACUAAUAAUAAGUAGAUUCUUAUAUAGCGCAUUAUACUCAAAAAGUCUCUGUGCACUUUAUGAAGUAAGGUAGAAUUUUUCAAGAUAAUUAAGGUGGUUGUGGUGGUUAUUUUACCUGACUGCAUAAAUGCUUGUAGCUCAAUGAGCUCUGAAUUGUGUCAGUGUUAGGCCAGUUAGACAAAUAUCCCAUGGCUUGACGUCGACUGGGCCUCUUCUCCAUCUCAUCAUUCUAAUUUGUUAUCUCCUAUCUUGUACCAGCUAAUUGAUGAAAACUAAUGGUUAACUACCUGUACAGUUUACACUUAUUAGAUGCACCAAGUGUAAUGAAAUAUCAAUGAUAGUGCUAGCAUGAAUGUUGUUGAUAUAGUAUUUGAUCUCACCAGCUACAUGUAUCAUGUAUUUUUGUAUUUAUUAAACUUCAUUGAUGUACAUCAAUAAUCUGUUUAUGAACAUACACAUCAAUUUACAAUGCAAUGUAACAAAUCAAUAUUCUGUUUGUAAGCAUAUAGAUAUCAUUUUAAGCAUUUUUAAAAUGCAGUGUAUAUAGCAAAACACAAGAAAAAUUAUAUACAGCAGAAAAACUUUUUUUUUUCUUCUUGUAAUAACAUGACACAUAAUGCAAAAGUAAAUAAUAUAAUGUAACAUAAUACAUCAUGUAUCAUCCAUAUCAUUAUACCCCAAAGCAACAGAUUUUCACUAUUUAACCAUGACUUUGACAAACAUAUUCUUUCACUGUAGACAUUCUUGGAGCUUACCUUCAUUACCUGUCUUCCGCACUGCUUCAAUUUAACAAACUAAUAACUGUGUUGGAACAUGCUUUUUCUUCAUUUUUGCUCAAAAUAAAAGUGUAUGACCUUCUAUUUCCUGCCAUUGUUAAUCACAUUAUUAUAUUAUACAUGUAGAUGUUGAUAUACAUAUUGUAUAAUCCUGUCUUAAUAAAGUACUUGUAUAUAUAGUACAUGUUUAUUGUACUUGAAAGAUUUAUCCGAAAGUGUAGAUUUGUAUUUCGUUGAUUUAUUAAAUGUAUGUUUGUUGCUCCAAUCUGUAAUUUUAGGACUUCAGCAUUUAUUUACACUCGAUGGUCCAUGUUUGUACAAAUGAGCUUCCUCCGAAAUAAUAUUUUUGAUUACACCUAGUAAUAUGUUUAUCGUUCUUUCAAAUUGGAUAUAUGAAAUUUUUUGGAUAUUAGUAAGUCUUGCCCAUAAUCACUGUCUAGACCAAGACUGAAAUACUUAUUUGUGAUUCUGUUAUUAAAUGAAAUAUUUGUUUGUAUAAAUAUAUGUAAUAUACAGAA